AUGCGAAUCGGUAUGUGGAAAUAUGUAUUAUUGCUCGUUGCAGUUGCUUCAUAUGGCUCUGGAGAUGAUCAUAGUGUUUCAGAAAAACGGCCGUCCGGAAAUUAUAACUUUUUGGUAGAAGUCGUAAGAAAAGACACAAAGGAAAGAGUAGCCGUGGGUACCCUGUUAUCUCCUACCAAAGUUUUAGCUUCAGGGAAAUUUUUGGUUUUCAGCAUGUGGAGUUAUGAAGCCAAUCUGGUGGCUCGACAACGACGAAGAAAGCGAUUUAUUUUUUCGAUUAUAGGGUUGGUUCAAGCAGUGGUUAGUAAUGCGGUUAGAGCUACGGUAGGCAGUAUGGCUGGCCUUGGAGGAUCAAUGAACUCAAAUCUGUUUAGUAAUGACGAUAUUAGCAUCAUAACCAUAUAUCCACCACGUCCUAUGCUUCGCUCAGCUUUGACAUUUGUCAAAUUUUUGAUACCUUCAGACAUCAGAUCACCAAAAUCAUCAUGGGCUCCAGAGUGGCGCACUGCGCAGUUUAAAUUAGCAGACACACCUUGCAAAAAAGCCACCGUUUUAGGCUGGAAACAAGGCGCUACGGUGGAUAUAAUUGGAGCGAAGAAGUGUGCAGAACAAUUCAACAUUCAGUUAAAUAACGGACAAUUCUGCAGCUUGAACCAGGAAAAUUUAUUUUGCGAUGCAAAUCAACAAGGCGGUCCAGUCAUGUGCGGCGAUUUUCAAGUUGGUAUCUUGAUGCCGGGAUUUUACUGCAACGGAGAGCCACUUCAGUUUGCUCCCAUUGGAUAUUAUAUUGAUAGCAUUAUCAAAGCUAUGGAAUCACGAGAAGAUGCAAAACCACUCCCAGAUGGAAUGCGGAUUUCGUCUGAAUUUUUAAAUGAUGGAGCCCCAUAUGGUUUAUAG